UAGUCGAGGUUUUAGACAAAGCUAGUUGGCCGAGUGACAUCGAUGAAGUGUUGCCAGUUAUCGAGAAAUAAGGUCACCUUCCGAAAAGGCAAUACCUGUCCGAAAUGAUACAACCCUGCCAGUGACAAGAUUCCGGCAUCAAAAUGAGUUCUACGAGGGAGCUCAGAUCUACUCAACCAAAUGUGACUAGAAGUGCCAGUAAGAAUUCCUUUGUGGCCCGGUCCACUGUUAACAACCACGUUCGAUUGAGUAGAGAUGAUUCGCCGGCGAGAAAGAAAACUGCCAAAAAACUUGGAAGAAAACUUUCAUCGGUUACACAGUCAUCUAAACAACCUCUCAAAGUAAAGAUACAAAAUGCCCAGAUUCUUCCAGAGAUGGCUCCGCUGAAAGCAGAAGAUCUACAACGUCUCGAAAUACGUCAUGAGGACAGUAAAAUGUCCAAGUCAAUGGAUCUAGUUUGUUUAAACCAUUGGUUGUCAGUGAAACAAUUUCCCAGGACGAAGUCUGUUCUGUCUCACAAAAGACAAGUUUCAAGGAAGAGGAGUGUUUCUGAACAGGUGACCCGAAAGAGCAAACAGGAGACAAUGUCUUGAAAACCAAGCAUGUAGGCUCCGGAAAUAAAGAAGAGAACAAGUCAAGAGAGCUCAUUCAAGGUCGGAAAAAGCGUUCUGCAACAAUGCCUGCAGAAGACAAGGGUUCCAUGUCUGAAGUGCUGAAACCGAUUUCAGGGAAAUGAAGGGAGAAAAUGAAAUUGCAAAAUAUUUCUUAUUUAAGACUUAGUGGAAGAAGAAGUGGAACUCAUUCUCCUUCGAAAGUAAACAAUGAAAAAAGAGACAAGACUGAAAUCGGUGCUUACAGCAGUUGUAAACUAAAACAACCGUCUGGCAUUGACAAGUGCCAACAGAUCGAGGAAUCGAAUAUAGACAGGGAUGUGAAAUAUGCUAGUAUGUCAAUUCUGAAAGCACGUCCAACAAGAAAAAGAGCUGUUUUCAGCAUAACGGCAGAAUCCCAGACUCACAAGAAUUUAGAUCGCAGUGUGGGUCUUCAAACCAGCUGUUUGGACAAAAAUGCAAAUCAAAGUAAAGUUAACCUUUGCUCGUCAGAUUUGACACAGGAACAGACCGAUCUUCCUGAAUACAACAGUAAGGUCUCCAAGAAGAUGCAGGGGGUGUUGAGCAGUUCUGGACAGUUGUCACCCAACGUGCCAGUAAGAAGGGAGCAUGAUUCUAGCAGUACCUGUGCAUCACCAACAAUCGACGGUGAACAGGAAACAGGAUCUGAUAUUCAAUGGUGUGAACCUCAAGUGAAGUUAACCGUCAAACAGAGUCAGAUAAAAAGGUCUCGUUUAGGGACUACAGUAGAAAAACCCGUUGGGAAUGAUAGCAAAGAAUCAUCUACGAAAGAGCUCCUGGAAUACGAAGUGAAAGAGAAAAAAAGUCUAAGUCGUGAACUAAGUAAUCUUACCUUUAGUAAUCCAGGUCGAGCCCUAGCAGACUCAUUGAGUGUUUCAGUGGAGGCGCCAGGCAUGAGAGUGAAGAGAAAUAUUCCUAAAGUCAGCUAUCUUCCUAGCAAUUCAGUAGAGAAGCAUGAAAAAACAAAGUCGGAGGGGGGAAAAUUCAAACUGUCCUCUGUUUCUCGUUUGAGACUCUGGAAAGAGAAGCAAGCCAGCCUGAAGAGGAAAACUAUUUCACAACGUAAUCAGCCAUUUAAGAAAAAGCAAAAGAUUACUGACAAAGUUCCGUCAAUCUUAACUGCUAACGCAGCUACAAACACAUUAGAAUCCACUCCCGUGAAUGUUGAGAGACCGAAUAACUCGGAAAGGGGUACAAUUAAACCUGCCAUCAGUGAUCAAAGACAAACUAUUCUGAGACAAUUUGACAGUGACUGUGCACCCAUCAUGCCCAUGAAACGUAAAAGGGGGCGUCCUCCUAAAAUCAAACGGUUGAUUAGACGCAAAGCCCCCAUGGACACAGAAAUAAGAGAGUCUAACACAGAGAAGAUAGUUGUUCCGUUCUCAAGUCAGGGAGCUAGCGCUAUUGAAGUUGUUAAUGUUCGCCAGCAGAUAAUAGCAACAAGUGAAACGGACCUCGCAGUUCUCAGAAACCUAUCUAUUACUGAAACAAAUUGCACCCAGGGUGACCUUGGUACUACUGCAGUUGAUAUCACAAACAAUGGUUUGAGCAUUAUUUCUGAUGCUGAGGUCAUUGAUACCGGAAAUACUGACACAAGCUUCAUAGAUAACGUUAAUUCUGUAGCAAGCUUAACAGUUGCAAGUAAUACUGAAAUUGACAUCAUAGACACUGGGACUUUAGAAAGCAACUUUACCGAGUGUGUUGAUACUGAAAGUAGUUUUACUGACAGCAGUACUAGGCAAGCCGGUGAACCUCGCUUAGAUAUCGUUGACACUUCCCUUUCUAACUCUUCCGUGAACCAGACGAAAUUUCCAGUUUCUGUUAGCCACGCAACUGCACAGACAGACCUGAUUCUUCCUCAGAAAAUGUCUAAAAAGAAGCGUAAGCGUCGUAGUUACAAGGGAUGUUUGGAUUCUAGCUUUAAAUCUAAGAAGAAGAUCUCAAAACAGCAAGCUGUAAAUAUCACCAUACCACAAGAACAGGGAAUUAUAAGAUUACUAUCUGCUGGGCAUAGGCAUGUCAAAGACCAGUCAGCGACACUGGCUGAAAAUCCUCGUCUGAAUUCCACAGUGGUAGAAGAUAGUGUUCAUGAAGAACAUUCAUAUGCUAGAAAUAGUCCAAGGUCAUCCCAUUUACGCCAAAUCACCACUGAGGAUUUACGUGCUGGCUGUCUUCAGUCAGUCAAGCAAACUCAGAACACCAUCGUUGUCUUCGAUAAACAGGAAGAUUGUGCACCCAAAAUUUUUGAGCAGUCUGUCAGAAGCGAUGAUUUUUCGUCGGAUGUGUCUUUGCAGAAACCUGACAUUUUAACGUUGAACUCAAAUGUGCAAGAGAAAUCCCCCAAUAACUGUAUGCCUUCAUAUGGUGUAAAUUCAGUGCCAUUUAUUGAUAGUAUCUCAACCGAAAAUGUCUGUGUUCAGCUUGAAUCGGGAUCAGCUGUGUCAGAGUCGACAAAUUUGAUCACGGGAAAAACUUGUGAAAUUCUGUUAAUAGAUCCCAUCACGGAUGAAGAGAUUCAACAGAAAGAAAGUGAGGGAAUGUGCCAACUGACAGUAUCCGAAAAAGAAAGUUGCUCUGUGAGUGUGGCUUUUCCAAACCUAGAGAAAGACAUUGUGGCAAAUGGGACAGAAAUAAUCCCUUCUGGUGAAUCCUUAGGGAAAAAACGUGACGAAAUCAAGCCAAUGUGCGAUAGUUCCCUGCAGUCGGAAUUGAAAGGGAAAGGUGAGAUCACAGAUAUUAGAACAUGCAAGCAAGAUUCAGCUGUUACACCACUCACUAAUGAUGACGACAGUGAUAAGUGCAGCCCAACUGUUGUACGAUAUGAUGGUGCUAAAGAAAACGCCAACCAAGUGGAGAAAACGACAGAAGCACAAGAGAAAAAUACAUUUAUUCUGGAAAGCAGUAGUGACGUCAGAUGUACAGAAGCGACCAAACCAGUAAUCCACAAUCUUGCUGUACCAACUGAGACCAUAGAGUCCAUUAGUUGUAGAGGGCGAAGAACUGAAACUGAUGAGGGUUCUGACGAGUCACUUUCUCGUGCAUCUUUGAAAAGCAAUGACGGAUUUGUCACAGAUACUGUACAGGGUAGUUCUGGAACCUCCAUUCUCACAACUCAACACUCAACAUCCCCUCUGUCGGUUCUUGUUGACGAAUGGGAAGACGCUGACGCACCUCCACAAUUAACACCAGUUUUCAAUAACUCGACCCAGAGUGAUGAGUUAUCCAUUGAGCUAGCAAGCCCACCUAUUCUAUUGGCGAGUGACAGCUGUCUAACACCCAUGUCUGACAAUGGACUGUUGUCACGUGAAGAAGUACCACAUUUGUCAGUCUUUAAUGGAAGCAAAAUCCUACCGUCACAAUCCACAGAGGACCAAACCCAAAGUCUUGAAACAUCUACUUCCUCAGAAAGUACGUGUAUAUAUCCAACCGUGUUUACUACUACUGAAGAGUCAGGAAAUGGUUGCAUAGAUGAUCCAGGCGACGUCAUCCAAACAUCUGAUGUAACUGAAUUGGGCAACAUAGAUACAGCAGCUGAGAGCAAAAAUUCUGGCCAGUUUGCGAUUCCAAAUAAGGCUGAAAUGGUUGGCACCUCAGAAGGAUCGAUGACACCAAACAAAGGUGCCUGUGUAUCAAUGGGAGAGACUGAAAUAACAGAGGGCAAUCCAGUGGUGAUUCCAUUUAAGAGACCGAGAGGAAGGCCUAGAAAGUCAAAAGGGAGAAAGUUCAAGGCUGCUAAGCCGACUAUUUUCCCACCAGGAUCCCAUAAACCAAAAACCAAAGCCAGAGAAGAGAAAGCUUUGUCAAGUGGAGAUGGUGGUAAACAAACUAUAACUGUAACAAGGACAUUUUCUCUAAGACCGCAGGUAUCACGAUCGCCGCUGGAGAAUAUAGCUUUAAGAUUUGGAGGUGAUGAAGCUUACUUCUCCUUGAAGAAAAAAGUGAAGACAUCAUCAAGUACUCUUUCACAAUCGCCGUCACAAACGAUUUUGUCCGGAAGCAACUGCCAUUCAUUGAUGGUUGAAGAAAGUCUCAGGAAGCAUCAUUGUAAACCUUGCAGUGUUCUGCUAACUGAUUUUGUGAAACAAUUAAAUCUUGAAAGCAUUGACUCUUCAGAUGACAGCGACUCUUAUGAAUGUUUUGAAAGCGGAGAUGUUGACACAGCAGAAGAUUUUUUCUCUGAUGCAAAUACAGAAGAACGGCCUAAUAAUAUGUUAGACAUAUAUAGUCAGCAUGGCAGUGGCGCCUCUGGCUUCAAGAAGAAACAACUCAGCCCAGCUUCUUUUUUGAAAGACGACACUGAUCAAGAUAUUCUUGCUACAGAAAUUUUGGAGAUGUUUGCUAACUACAAAUGCAAGUAUUGUGAUUACUGCUCGGAAUCCAGCCAGUUGAUGGAAGAACAUAUAUAUAUCCAUAAGGAAUUUUUUGCAGCCUACCCAGUGUGCUGUUCGAAUUGUCCAAGACGUUUUACCGAUCAAAGCACUUUCAGAGACCAUCACAUACAGCAACAUCCACAUGAUCUGCAGAGAUGUGAGGUAUUUGAGGCUAUAGACGAAAAAGAUCAUUACCAAAUUGUAUUGAGGGAUGGAUCAACGAUUGAUUUGAAGAUGACUGAUAUUGCUGGUAAUCCAACUUUGCAUUCGGAAGAGGAAAAUAUCAGCGAACAAUCUGAAUUUGUCCAGGAAGACAACUAUGUGUUCGAUAGUAAAUUGAACUAUUCUGACGAAAAACUUGCAUUGGAAGCAGAGCCGUCUCUAGCAUCAUUUAACGACGGCCAUCAAAGUGAUAAGUGUGAGCUGACUACUUACUCGCCGGACGUGGAAAUCAAAAAGUUGAUGCAAGACAUUCUUGACGAAAUUGAAAACUGCUCCAAAGCCACUUUAAACCCUUCUCUGGAAAAUAUUGACCAGGCAUCAGUGAAGGCAGUAAAAGCCCGCGAAGCUAUUCAGCAACUUCCACAGGAAUGCAACAGAAAUGAUACAUCAGAGGACGGUCAUCUGAAUCAGCCGGAAGAACCAAGGAGUUCCUCUCAAGUGUUUGAUAAAUCGCCUUCACCCAUUACCAUUUUACUGUCUAAAGAUGGGAUAGCAGAGCCUGCCGAUGGGCAGACGGAAGCGAGCAGUCUUGAACAGUCAUCUGCCACUGACUUGCAAUUGGAAGAAGCAUCUCCACAAGUGUGUGAAAAAAACCCUGACAAUUCAAACGAAACCAAGGCAAAAGUAGAUCCAGUUGUUGAGAAGUUGCGCAAAAUUGUGCGUUCUAACCCACCAACAAUUUGCACGACUUCAAGUAUCAAUACACAAGCACCUACACCUUGUGAAUCCCGCAUGCCCUCUGUUCUUCUACAAACCGAGCAAGCGGGAAGGAAAGAAUCCUCGGUUAUCAACACACCAUCCUCAACAGCUCCAUUUAUCAUCUCAGUUGUUGUGAAUGGAAAUGUUGAAGUAUCCACACCUGAUGGUAAUAUAACCAAGCAACCACCAGGUACUUUCAUCUGCACUUAUUGCACGCAUGGUGCUGACGAUCGCAGCAGGAUGGUCGAACACGUCACACAGAUGCAUUCUGAUGACACCCAGUAUACCUGUUGUAUUUGCGAUAAAGCGUUUUCUUCUAAGAUGUCAGUUAUUCAUCAGCAUAUAAAGACAAAUCACCCUGGGCAAGAUCAGCAAAAAUUGUGUAAGCCUUUGCCGAGUUUCUAUGCUUUGAGUGAGCUCAGAGAACAUGACUCUGUUCGUACGAAAACCUCUGAUAACAUCUUCGAAAUGUUCAGUCCUGUCGGAGACACGAGUUCAUCGACUUUUGAGAAAGAUGAACCUCUGCGUCGGCACUUCAGAAAAGCCAGGGAUGUUAUGCUCUUCAGGGAGAAAGCCAAACGGCAGGCUGAAGCGGACAGCACAACUUCUGGAACAGGAGAAGAUGCUAGCGAAACAGCUCACAUGGAGAUACCCAGGCCUGAUCCUUUCAUGUCAAGUCAAGCUACACAACAGUCCAUCAGCCCUAAGAGUGUAAGAAAUGAAAUUCAAAGCAUACCUAAUAAUACAAUGGAGACCGAACAAGAACAAGAGAUGAUGGACCGAGAUGGUGACAAGAUGUUUCAGGCAAACUACCAAAACGAAGAUGACUCGUGCACAGUCACAAGCUCAGAGAAGUCCGCUGUAGCAGAUUCGCGUGAGGAAAAAGAAUCUAAAUACAGAGCUCAAGGUGACAAAAAAGAAUGUGAAUCUGGGAUGGUGGAAGGCAAAUCUCAGGAUGAUAGUCCCACAGAUGAUGGCGUAUCCACGGAGAACUCGAAUAGCGACACUAUGUUAAAGAUCGUCAGUGUUGUUAGUUUGAGUUGUAUGCAUUCUUCUCCAACCAAAGAUGAAAGCCAAAAAACCUUGUCGAAUGAUGACAAGGCCUCAGGAGAAAUAACCAGAGAAGUUGCCCAGACUGCAGUCAGUGCAUUGUUCAAGAAAGAUAUUCCCUCGCAAACUGUGAUCAUGAACACGAGUUGCAACAGGUGCGAAGAGGUAUUGGACUCUGUGGAAGAUCUCUACCACCAUUUGCAAAACGUGCACAAACUGACAUGCUUUUAUUCCUGUCCAGUUUGUAGCCAACAUAUGCGUAAAUCUGAACAAGGUGUGCGACAACAUAUGUUAACUGUACAUGGCAUUUCGGAUGAGUCCAUCCAGUUGUAUAUUACGAGUGAAAAAUCUACCGAGACCGCAACAACGGACAUAGCAUCCAGCUCAGCGGAACCCACGGGAAUUCAGUGCAAUCACUGUGCCUCCAGGUAUAGUAGUGCUGGCUCUUUGUUAAAACAUUUAGAAUCUGUGCACAACGAAGACUGUCUGCUGGAGUGCCCAUACUGUAAGAAAGGUAUAAGCAAAGAGGAAACUGAAGUGUAUGAACAUAUUAAUACAGAGCACAAGACUUAUGAUGCAUUUGUGCCUUUAUUGCUGGUGUCCAAUCGAGCGCCUGCCGCUUCCAAAUUACCCCCCAAACAAUCACUGGCCAUUUCAGAGAGUAGGAGACAGCUAUUUGCAAGCAACACUAUGAAAGCUUCAAGGCUUCCUUUAUUGGAGAAACUCUCAGUAAAUGGAGAAAACACCAACAACACACAGUCGGCCCAGGCGGGAAACUCGUCGACUAGCAAUGAAUCUGUAACCGAAAACAUGUUUCCAAGUAAAGCUCCGACAACAGCAGAUAGUAAUUCCACAAGGGAUCUGUCGUCGGACUUCAGCUCCAAACCUCAGUCGUCAGAACCGCAAACGGAUUCCACGAUCUCACCACCUUCCCUAAGCCCUUUGGCGAUGCUGAAGAAAACAACAUCUUCAAUAUUAAAUGAAGCUAUGUCAGAAGCUGCGUCGGCCCUCAGGCCUACAGACAGCACUGUUAACACCUAUACUACAGUUUUUAACGUGCAGCCCACUCCAUCGGUUGUGAAGAGAAUUGUUCCGAUAAAACCGAAGCCAGACGCCCAAGCAACAAUUCCGGUUUACCUCAUGAAAGCCCCACAUCAGAUUCCUCCUAUGGAAACUGGAAUUCCUGUUAUAACCCAGCCAGUUCCUCUGGCUUGUCAGCAAGAAAAGCCAAGGCCGAUCAUCCCUAGAGGAAUCAAGCAUGUAGAGAAAAGACCGUUGAAAGAUACAGGUUUGCACAGUCAGCUGGCACCUGCACUCAGAGGCGCUCAGACGAGCGGUCGAUACAAAUCGCCGUCAGGACAGACUGAGCCCCAGGUCUCCCACAUUCCACCUUUUGAACCAGCCACUGCUAUCUCGUCUACUGUAAGAAAACCUUUAUUGAGGGUUCCUUCCCUGAUUCCGUCAGCAGCCGGUAAACCUGGCCACACCAGUUCUCCGUGCACCGGUGCAUCUUUCACAGCCCAUCAGCAAAACCCGUUAAACCAGGCGUCCGUUGCAGCAAAUUCCCCACAAACCAUUUGCCCAAACCAUUCCAAAGAAAUCGCUUCUUCUUUGUUGCCUACUGAGGAAGAAGCCCCGUUGGAUUUGAGUCGCCCGGUGUUGACCCGAGAGAACCUUGAAAUAGAAGAGGAAGUUGACCCCGACUCUUUUAAUGUGUUUAACCUUUCACCUGUUAAACAAACCGACUCUGCUACACAGCCGCUAAACUUGUCGGUAAAACUGGCCCAUGCUCAGGGACCUCAAAACUUUACCCCUGGCUUUCGCCCUCAAGUGUAUAGCCACUUUCCUGAAACCCGUUCGACUAAUAUGUCCGGUACGCGAUCUGUUACUAUGACAAGGCCUGGACUUGUGAAUAUGCCUGGCGCUCGUCCCAUUCUAGGGACUCGGCACAUCCUGCCAAUGCCUGAAACUGGUCACACCGAUAUUCAUGGCGGGUCUGUCAGUAGUAUUCGAAUGGAAGCAGUUGGUAAUCAAAUGGUUGCCCGAUUUCCAACUAUGUAUCGUCAUCACCGUCCACAAAUGGAUGCUAGAUACUCAAGUAAAAGCGGAAUAAAGCUGUCUUCGGGAUUAACCCAAGAAAAUCCCUCCUCGGGUGUGCGAAUGAUACAGCGUUCAUACCAAGCCCGACCAACAGUUGUCGCUAAUGUGCAGCGACAAUUUUCUCCUCAGAGUCGUCCCCGUGUCCGACAUCCGUACCCUGGGACCUCGGUGCGCAGCGAAACUCCAGGGCAAGAUUUGUUAACUUCCACACACGCCCAUAAGCUAGUGUGCCCAAGCUGUGAUUUCUACACACGAAGCCCAGCUGCUAUGAAGGCUCACAUCACCAACGUGCACAAGGCUCGCUACCGGUGUCCAUACUGUCCUCAUUUAGUACCACUGACCCAAAGGGAUGUUCCCUAUCAUAUCGCCCAACAACAUCCAGAUAAAAAACUUAUGUACUUUAAUAUAUAGCUUUUCUGUCCAAGGUCAGUUAAUACGUCAUUCGGUGAUCCAAACUGUUUUAAAUCUAAAUUUGGAAACAAUAUCCAUCAGAGCAAUUUGACCAGAGACACUUCAGCUUAUGUUCGAGUGUAAUUUGACGUCAGGCGUAGCGACUAUCGAUACGAUAUGGAUCACUGUGGAAUUCGGACGAAGGGAGACAUGUUUUGUGAGAUAAGUUGAAGAUGAUUUCUUCACCGAUUGAAGCCAGGGUACUGUCUUGUCAAAACGUGACAAAAAGGGGUAAAAUGAAGUACGCAUCAGUAGAAAGAUAGUAAAACUGUGUCUGAAAAUACCUUCUUAUUUGUGUUUUAGAUUUCGGGUGUAAAUGGUAACAAAAUGGUUGGAUUGUAAGGCUGGCGUUGUGUACCAUAUUGAUUAUGCAUGUGAUUAGUGCCGUCACUCCCUCUUUUCUCUUGCCCUAACCCAGUGUCUGUUAUCCCAUUGUGGUUUUUGUGCAAAGACACGCAUUGUAUUGAGAAGAAUUAAAUUCGGACCUGAACACAUGUACUUACAUACAGGUGUACACAAGUUUGUAUAGCGUUAUAUGCGACGUAUAUUAACCAUAUGGUCCAUAAAGGCCACUUUACCAUCCACACUGCUGAUUGAAUUUAGUUCAAUGAAAAUUAAAUUAAAAAGUAAGUAAAGGUAUUUUCAGAUACAGUAUGUAAGCCAUGCUUCAUUCCUGUGGUUUAUUGGCCUUUAACCAUAUCAAUACCCAAACCAGUGUUUCUCAUUGCCCCUAUCAGUAGACGUCUCGUGCUGUAAUCGAUGCUCAUCUCCAGAUUUACCAAAAUAAGGAGGUUUGUUUCAGUCCUAUUCGCGCUUAUUUUAUAUGACAAAGAUGUAUUGUGCAGUGACGUUCUUUUUUAGGUAACCUUCACCCGUAGGUCGAGAAGCCGUUCUUUUCAAGGAAUAAAUUAUAAUUGCAAACGAAGUAUAACUAUACAUUAAGGUUAAUGAUUAUUCUUUUGCGACCCUCUAUACAGCAGUGAUUGAUUGCAGGCAAGUCUGUGGCUUUACAGGGUGAAAGUGUCUUAACUUUUUCACCAGGAUUGGUUCAUGCUCUUAUUGUUUUAACACAUUCUCUGUCCAUUACAAAGCUGCAAAGAGCUUGUAGUGAAAGCUGACAAGCUGUUCAUGCCGCCAAAAGGUAAAAUCUAUGCAAUCCAAAUGAGGACCGAAAAUGAACCACAUUUGUAUGCUUCGUAUACGCAGGUAUUUUUUGUGAGUGCUAAAUGACUAUUAAGGUGUAUUUUUAAAAAUGUGUUUUCAACCACUGAGCAAUAUUUACUAUUUUAUUCUAUUGCUUUGGUGCACUUUUCUGGUGAACAUUCAAUUAGAUCUUAUAAGUGCUGUUUUUGGUAAUCAUUCCUAUUAUUGUAUAUUACAUACCUUCAAUUUAAACCUCUUGACCACCAGGCCUCCCACAAAAAUAGGAGGUUUCUGACUGGUAGACUUUACGGCGAACAUGUAUUCUUCCUCUGAUGAUCAAAAAAGGCACAGCUCCCCGAGCUGAAUAUGCCAGAUUGGUCACUUUUAAGUUUUACUCUUAUGAGGGAUUACACUUUCCCGAUGUACCAGAUAUUAUAGAGCAGAAAAUUGGCCGAGACCUAGGUUUAUCAUGAAAGUGUAAUCCCUUAUGAUGGUAAUCAGAGGGGUAAUGCAUAUCGCCGAACAGUCUACAGAACAACCACCUGCUAUUUUGUGGGAGGCUGACUGGUCCAGUGGUCUAGGGGCUUGAGGUAUUGCUAGCGAAUUGGUGGCCGACUCUGAGAUCGCUGGUUCGAAACCUCGAGUGGUCCAGCCAGUUUUCAGCACUAGAAUAUAUGUUAUAUCCAGAAAGUGUAAUCUCUAAUGACGAUAACACUGUUACUUAAGUGAAAAUAUUUUUUGAAACGGUUUAAAAAUAAUAAAAUAAAGUAUCUGUGGCCCAUAAUUAUUCCUUUGGCUCUGCGUUAGUUAAAGUAUUGACCACAGUUUAAACAGGCCUCCGUUGAUUCUGAAAAUUUUUCUCUGUGUUUUGUUGCCUGUGGGCCUUUUUGUGACUGUACUUUAUGGAUUUCACACUUGCAUGCACGCUAAAGCCUUUUUAAAAAAUGAUUUCGUGAUGUGUGACUUGUAUCUAAGUUGUGGCAAAGAUGUAUUAUCAUUCGUUUUUUUUGUAGUACAGCCAAGAUUGGAUGCAGAGCACUGCUAAAUGAACCAUUGAAACAGACGAAAAGCGGGCGAAAAGAACUGUUGUAAUACCGUGACCAUAGUAAAGGAUUACUUGUGUGACGCGAACAAAUUUAUAUUCCUGAAUUCAUAUCACCACGGUCGCUGUGAGUUCAAGUCCAGCUCAUGCUGGCUCCCUCUCCGACCGCAAGUGGGAAGGUCUGCCAGCAUGGUCGUGGGUUUCUCCGGGCUCUGCACGGUUUCCUCCCACCAUAAUGCUGGCUGCCGUCGUAUAAGUGAAAUAUUCUUGAGUACGGCGUAAAGCAGCAAUGAAACAAAUAAAUAAAUCAUAUCACCAUUUUAUCUGCAUGGUAGGACGCAAGAUUGUUGUAAAUGUCUUGGUUGUGAUGACCAGGUCUGAUUCGGCAGUUGUUAGUUUUCUGAUUUUAUUUUCUAUACAAGCCUUCUAUCUGUGUACAUUUGUUUGUUAUAAUGAGAGUAUGGUAUCGUGGAGGCCAUUUAUUGUUAAAAUCGCCAUACCUGUGCUAAAGUUUGUUAUUAUUUUCUUGAUUUGUACAUAAAAUUUCAUGUUUACCAUAAAUACUCUCGGUAGGUUUUUAGUUUUUGAUUAUUGUUCAAGCAUUUUUGAUAUUGCGGAUGGUAACAAUCUAAGGACAAGAAAUAUACGGUCUGCAAUUUUGAACUUUAACUUUAAAAGUUUGUAACUUACGAUUGUAAGUCGCCAUCCACAUCUCUUGUCAUGGGAAAAGAGGAAAAUCGGCUCUGAGCAAUGAAAGUGGAUUGCAUUUGGGAACGGAUAACAUUUCUGACAAAUAUUUCCGAUUUGUAUUGAUCAUGAGACUUUCAUAAGAGUUUGUGUGUUCUACUUUUGUGGUAUUUCCUGAAACCAGUACAUAGACAUAAGUAUACCAUAUUAUACCGUGUCAAAAACCUUGUAAAUAUUUCACAGGAAAGGCUAUAUUUUAUAAAAUUACAGUGGGUGUAUUGCAAAUCUCAAUGACUAAGUAGGAAUUGUGGGAAAUGACAUGCUUAACCGUUUUGCUUUGACAUGUAUACUGUUUCUGUUUUUAGCUGUUGACGAAAAACACGGCAGAAAAUACAACACUCCCCCAUUUGCAUCUUUAGAAGUGAGAUAAAAGGUAUUGUUUAUGAUUCCAGUCUUAGCACGGAGCAAAGUUCACAUACCUCCAGUGUUACAAGGCACGAAUUCAAAUUCCUUCGCACCGUUCGCGGUGAAUCCCAUCGUUUUAUGGGGUUCUUGCGUAGCAAGAUUUAUUUCCGAAUAAAAGUUACAAGAAAUUGUACAGUUGUUUAAAUUGCCUCUCAAGAUGUGCUGAUUAUUUGCUUUUUUUCCCCCUUUUCCAAGGACGAAAAAUCACAUCUCAUUGUAUGUGCAUCGUUUCUAAACCUACACUUAAUUCUAAAGAGAACGCGCACGAAGUUACAAACAGACGUAAAACUGAUUUGUAAUACAGAAGGUUUUUAUCAUAUUUAGCUUGGUUUAUUUUUAUGUGCGAAUGCUAACGAUAUAAAGAACUAUUUAGAAUGUCUUAUCACAGCACUGUUGCCUUGUUUGACCUGUAUGACAAAAUUUAUUGGAGUUAUCUUUCGAAGUGCAUGGCGAUCUUUGGAAUUUUGUAUUGCUUAUUAUCAAGUAUUAACAGCUAUUAUUGUAUACAUGUGCUGUUUGUCUAGCUGUGCAAUGUACUUAAUACAUGUUUUAUGUUAAUUAGUUGAUUUUAAUCUACUAGUUGUAGUACCGACAGAAUUAUUUUUUAUGAAACUUUUCGUCUUAAAACUCGCAUUUUUCUGCGCUUGCACAGAUGUUUGUAACGCAUGUGCUUCAUUAAUGUAUAUUUACAUGAGUUGUUUAAAUAAAAUGUUAUACAUGUCAAGUC